AUGGAUAUUGGGGCUGUGAACACCAAGCCAGCUAGACACGGGGCUGGGGGAGGCUACCGUCAGCAGAAAGCGAUUUCACCACCCAGAAAGCAAGAGGGAGACUCUGAACGGCGUUCUUGCUUCUUUUUCAGUAAACCGGGUCGCCUAUUUCGAGAUUUCCGGCUUAUGAAAAAGGCUAGAGAACAAUUGAAACCAAAUCCCGAGGAACGGCAGAAUUGGGCAAAAUUGAAGAAAGAGUUCUCAGUUGUACUCAAUAACAAAGAGCUACCGGCGGGAAGGGCACCCGCUGGACGCCCUAUGCACCGCAUCGAACUCACCUCUGGCUCAGCCACAAGCUUCGUUCCAAGGUACAGAAGACCCCCACACCUUGAAGAAGAAAUUGAGCGGCAGGCAGAUGAACUUCUGAAAAUUGGCAAGGUUCAGCCGUCAACUAGCGCCUUUGGGCACAAUCCCGUGCUGGCGAAGAAAAAGGACUGCAGGCGGCGUAUGUGCGUCGACUUCAAGCCCCCCAACAAGAUUACACUGAAGCAGAAGCUUCCGAUGCACAGGGUGGACGAAAUCCUUGACCGCUUACAGGAUUCAGCAGUCUUCUCAGCAUUUGGCUUCGCCGAGGCCUUUUUGCAGAUCCCUAUUCACCCGGAGGACAGCCACAAGACGGCGUUCCACACCCGCACUCGCAAGCUGGAGUACACUUGUAUGCUUUUUGGCCUCGUGCAUGCACCUGCCGAACUGCGACGGCAAGUCAAUCACGACUUCCUGGGGCCAAUAGCCGAGGGAUGGAUGGUGAUAUACAUGGAUGAUGUGCUUGUGUUCAGCCGAAAUGUGCAGGAGCCCUUGCAGCACCUCCGGCAGGCGCUGCAACUACUACCGGUUGAACCAGAUCCGGCUAAGAUCGAGGCGAUUCAGCGAUGGCCGCUACCACUGUACACGCGGACGGACGUUCAGAAAUUCCUCGGGCUCGCCUCAUACUAUCGCAAUUUCAUUCCUGGAUUUGCUCGCAUUGGUGGCAUUCUAACUGACCUUCUUAAGAAGAAGAAGCAGUUUAUUUGGACGGCAAACGAGGAUGAAGCCACCCGACGCCUCAUCGGGCACCUGACAUCAUCCCCCAGUACUCGCGCUCCCGGAUUUUGA